CUGCCCGGAGCCCGGCCCUGCCCGGAGCCCGGCGUUGCCCGGAGCCCAGUGUGCCCAGGCAGCGGGACCCAGGGACCCAGGGCAGCGGGGCGGCUCCCGCGGGUCCCUGGAUGUCCCGCGGGGCUGAGGAGGGCCGGGCCGGGGGCUCUGUGGGAACUCGCCGGGUUUUCUCUGCCUGAGCCUCUCGGCGGUGACGGCGCUCAGAGCCCCUCUUGUGUUUCUGCCUCUGCACUCCGGGCGAGUCGGCACUCAGCAGGUGCCGCUCUUUUAUUUGAAGCCUGUCAUCUGCCAGUAGAUGGGUCACUUCUGUAUCAAACCUCGCUUGUUUGAUUCACGGCUGUGCUUCACCUGUCUGAUCUCUCUACAAAAACGUGACCCUUCCACCUCCUCACUACACGAGAGCAUUCAUCUCUGAACAGUGAGACCUCCUUGUGAAAAGUACUUUUUCUGGAAGCAAUGUUCUAAGAAUGUCAUCAGGCAUCCAAAUAAAAACAAAGUCUGCAGCCCAGAAAAGCAAGACACGUUCUCCAGAAUCACAGCCAAAGCCUAGUGCCAAGCUGAAUCCUAAAACUAUUGAUCCAUUUCAUGCUUAUUCUCAACCAUCUGCAUUUGCUGCUGCAUAUGCUAGAGGUGGCAUUCCAUGCAGGUUAGUGCAUGGAUCAGUGAAGCACAAACUGCAGUGGGAAUGCCCUCCUGAAACUGUUCCCUUUGAUCUUCUUUUAACAUUGGCAGAGGGACUAAGAGAGACAAAACAUCCUUAUACUUUUGUUUCCAAGGAGGGUUUUAAAGAAUUACUUCUAGUUGAAGGUGCUGCUGAAAAAGCUAUUCCCUUGUUGCCUCGUCUAGUUCCAAUCUUGAAGGCUGCAUUGGCCCAUGCAGAUGAUGAAGUAUUUGGAAGGGGAUUGGAUGCUUUAGUGCAAUUGAGUGCUGUUGUUGGCCCAUCUCUUAAUGAUCAUCUUAAACUUCUACUCACAAAUCUUUUAAAGAGAUUAAUGGACAAGAAAUAUAGAGAAGAAGUUACUGUUGCUUUACAAAAGCUGGAGCACUGUGGUGGAAAGGCAACUGUGGCGAUCAUCAAGUCUAAAAUUCCAACCUAUUGUUCUAUCUACUCUUGAACAAGGAAUCUGUAGUGAUUUAUACUGUAAAGUGAAGUUUGGAAAGAAGCGCUCUGUAAAUAUCACUGACACUUAUUUGGGGUAUAAUAUAUUCUCUUAAAAUACUAAUUAUUCCUCCAUUAGUAUGAUGGAGAGCAGGAGUCUUAUCAGUUUGUGAAUAUGUAAUUAUGGAAGACUUCUCUUUGUAUAUUUGUAUAUGCAUUGGGCUUACAAUGACACUGUUAAUGUGCUAUUAUUUCAAAAAAAGAAUAAAUACUGAUUCUUAUUUAGUUUUUAAUUACAACUUAAUUUAUUAUAUCUGUAGUGCUUAAUAUAUUUCAUAUAUUUGUGUGAUGCAAAAUAAUUUGGUUGUAAUUACUUAAAUAAAAUCUAACUUGGUGCUAAA